AGGGACUUUUAGGCAAUGAUGGUGUCCGUCGCGAUCGUCGGCGAGGUAUAUAAGGAGUAAAGACCAGGACCAAGACACCAGUGGUGAGUGCGGAGCCAUCAUGACUACGCACACAGUCCUUCUGCUACUGGCCCUGACGGCUGCUGCUGUUGCAGCACCGUAUGGAGGCACCACCCAACUCUGUUCCACGGAGUGCCCGUUGGCUGCUGCCAAACUGUCCUUCAUCCCAGGCAAGACUUACUCAUACACCUACUCAGGAAAGUCAAUUGUGCAGCUGAAAGGCGUGGAUGGCGGCCUCGUGGAGACCCAAUGGGAAAAACAAAUGCUGUUGACUGUUCUCGGUCCGUGCGACGUAGCCAUCUCCUUCAAAGGCACUAAGGUGGAUGGCAAGACAGGAUUGCCUGGCUCCGAUAAGUUGGAGAGGUACCCGCUGGUGGUGGCGAUGACCGACGGACGAGUGCAGCGCGUAUGCAGUCAUCCCGAUGACGAUACCUGGGCAAUCAACAUGAAGAAGGGUGUCGUUUCGGCUCUGCAGAUAAGCCUGCCGUCUCUCUCCAUCAGCAAUUCUGGACUCAAUUUUACAGAGACAGACGUGCUGGGAACCUGCCCGACCUACUACGAGGUACAAGGUGAAGGUGCCAGAGUGCUGGUCAAGAAGGAGAAGAACCAUCGCUUAUGCAAGGAACAUUAUCCUACCCCAGAUGAGAUUAACCUGCCAUAUCUGAAGGGACCCUUGCCCAUCCAGGAGUCACGAUCGAUUUGCAGGCAAGAGAUUGACAGCGGCAUCAUCUCUUCAGUCGUGUGUGAGGACAAGAAGGUCAUAAGGCCAUCGUAUGGCAUCUACAAGUAUGUGGAAGCCAAGCAAGAGUCAACACUGAAACUCACCUCGAGCGACGUUUCUGCUCCAGAUACCAUCUCCCGCAUUGGUCAGGACGAGCUAGUGCCCAGGAGUCUCCGUUAUGACUAUGAGCCUGCAAAGAAGGAUCCCACCCUGGUGCCAGAGCUGGAGCAAACGCUGAGAUAUCUCUGCGAGAUCACCAGAGAUGGAGUUGAAGCUGAUACUGCUGUACAGUUGGAGAAGGCCGUGCACCUGAUGCGUCGCAUCCCUGAGCAAGGUUUCAAUGAUAUCUACACAAAGGUGCGCAACAAACAGAUAUGUCCACAACAUACCAAGCUCGAGAGUCUGUUUAUGGACGCGAUUGCCUUUGUUCAUGAACCUGAGUCGGUUCCUGUGAUGGUCAAAGAGCUGGUGGAGGGAAGAACCACAGGAACUCUUGCUGCCCUUUAUUCUACCGCUUUCUACCUCGUGCCUCGCCCUGAUAUGAAAGCCAUUCGAGCACUAGAGCCUCUUUUUAAGUCCAGUGCUGACCUGGGCUCUGCGAAGCUGGCAGCCGCUUCCAUGGUGAACACAUACUGUCGCCACAAACCACACUGCUAUAAUGAAACUCCUGUGAGAAACCUGGCACAGGCUCUCAAACAGAAGAUUGAAGAAGAUCUUUCUUCUAGCAGCGAGGACACCCAGAAACAGGCUCUGUCCGCCCUCAAGAGCCUUGGCAACAUGGGUGUCAUGACACCAGAGGUGGCCGAGAAAGUCAUUCUCUAUAUGGAGAACGAAAACAAAAAAGUCAGCACGCGUGUAGCCGCUGCACAAGCCUUCAGGCUGACCAAGUGUCAACGUCCGGUGACACAGAAGCUUGUUCACUAUGCCCUCCGUCCAGAGGAGAACACAGAGGUUCGCAUUGCAGCUUAUCUAGCGGCAGUUCGCUGCGCCAACUAUGAGGACCUGCAGGAAAUUGUCACCAAGAUCUCCUACGAGGAAAACACCCAAGUUCGUGGGUUCAUCUUGAGUCACCUUAUAAACUUGCAAAAGUCGGAUGCUCCAGAAAAACAGAGUCUUCGCUACAUGAUGACAAAUAUCGUCCUACCCCAAGAUUUUGAGGCUGACAUCAGAAAGUAUUCACAAAACCUGGACCUGUCUUACUUCUCCGAAUCCCUCGGUGUCGGUGCUGAGGUGGAGUCCAACCUGAUCUACGCACCUGGCUCCAUGAUCCCUCGUUCCCUGGGCGUUAACUUGACUGCAGCUCUUGAUGGAACCGGUAUUCCCAUGAACUUAGGAGAGAUUGGAGCUCGUCUUGAGGGUCUGGAACCAAUCCUUGCUCAGCUUUUGGGACCUGCAAGCUACCUCAAGACGUCCAGUUACAGCAAGAUGUUCAAUGAUCUAGUCUCCUUUAUCCAAAAAAAUUGGAGUACAAUUAAACAAGAGCUAGAGGUCGCUAUCAGAGAGAGGAGGUCAGUAGACUAUGCAGCUCUAGAGAGUAUCAUCAGCAAGCUCUAUGGGCCUCACUAUGGAAAGUUCCAGGCAGACUUCUUUGCACGCUUUUUGGGUCAAGAGAUCAACUAUGCCUCUCUGUCUGAUAAUCUGCAGGACAUCAACAUUCAGCACUUAGUGGAAGCCUCUGUCCGGUACCUGAAACGAAUGCUCAGUAGUUUGAAAAACAUGGAUCUAGACAUGGUGAAGGCAGCUCAGCUGGGAGUGGAUUACUCCCUACCAACUAUUCAGGGCACACCGCUGAAGAUGAAAUUGGAGACCGUGGCUGUAGCUGGAAUCAAGAUGCAAACCAAUCUAAAUGGACUUUUCUCUGGCCAAGGAAGCAGCGGUAGUUUAUUCAAGAUCCUACCAUCAUUCUCUGUGGAGACACAUGGUUUCAUUGGCUAUGAUGCCUACAUUUCCAAGAGUGGGCUCAAGAUGAACACCACUGUCUCGAGCAACAAUGGUGUCGCCAUCAAGGUAGGCGGCCAGAGUAGCCAAGAGGUACAGAUUGAGGUGGACCUUCCCAAGAAGAUGGAAAUAAUUCGCGUUCAAAGCGAGACUUACCUCAAGAAACAAACAAGAAACCAGCCGGAAAUCAAGAUUUUGCCACCUUCCAUGCAGGACAUCAGAAUCCGCCAUAAUUCAUGCUUCACUGCACUCGAGUCAGUGUUCGGUAUCAAGAUGUGCUAUGACGUCAACGUACCGGACAUCUUCCGAGCUAACGCACUACCACUGGGAUCCCCAGCUCUGGUCAUACUGUCACUCAACAAAACAGAAUCCACCAUCACUGGAUACAAGAUAGCCGUCAAUGCACACACAGACACGCAAGACAAAAUGUAUGCAGCCAAAGUCUCUGCAGUGGGCUCGUCUUCACCCAAAGAGUCCAAUGUGGAGGUUAACCUUAAGAAACACGGUGAAUCUUAUCUUGCUGAGGUCAAGCUCAUGUCAUCCCUUACCCAUGGCAAGAUCAAGAUUGGCCUCGUUAACAGGCCCGAGCUGAAGACCUUCGAAACUGAAGUGUCCCUCACGACAAGUGGCAUGGAAUUUUUAAAAGGAUUCAUAGUAGAGAUAAAGGUAACGCCUAAUCAGAAUGGCAUCAGAUACGACAUGGAUAUAUAUUGGAGCCCCUCCGGUAGCAUUUCUGAGCAGUCCAAAAUCUUCACUGGAAUGCUAAAACUGGAGCACAUGUUGCCUAAUAUGCUGAUGGAAAUUAAGGGCGAGACCAAAAACAUCCUAAGUCAAUACUUUCCCUUCAGUUUUGAUGCCGUUGUAUUCUUCAAGUACUACAAUGAUGUGCCCAUCCCACUGUGGCUGCAACACUUUGAACUCACAGCUGGUAUCAACGGUUGGAUGAUGAGAUCCUUCUUCCGCAACUCAGGAGAAUCAAGUCAGUCAAGUCUCCAACUGUUCCACGAUAGGGAGAUGAUGAUUGACAUCAAAGCUGACCUCCGCCUUCAAGGAACACCUGCAGUGAAUUUCAUAGAACAACUCACUGUUGACGCCAAGAUUGGACAAACAGAAUACAAGAUGCAACAGAGGAUUGCGUACCAGGAGAGAAGGAGAGCGAUCAGUCUGCAACUGACACGUUCAACGGACAACGUGAAGCUGCUUGAGAUCGCCGCUGAGAAGGAUUCACAGGAGAUCAAGUUCCUUUUCUGGAUCCAGAUGCCAGAGUACAUGGCGCCCAUCAAAGUGGCUGCCAGCUUUGUACAACAGGGACAGGACUACGAUGCCGAGGCAAUUAUCAUGCAUGGACAACAAACACUGGUGCAGCUGCACGGACCUGUCACCUAUAUCAAUUCACCAACACUUACCAAAGUAGGAGCCAACAUUAAGAUCAACAACUUCUAUCAGUUCGUCUCUUCCUUUGAAUACGAAGAAGGCAAGCAAAUUGUGCUCCUGGAGAUAAAGAAGGAAGAAGAAGUGCUCUUGGCUCUAAAGUGCAACCUUAAGACCCCAUCCCCUCAAGGCUCCUCGCUAGAGGCCGAGCUAAAUGUACCCAUUUUGUUUGACGGAACCACUGAGAUCUCCAUCACCGAAAAUAUUAUUCACAUCACCACAAACACCCUCCUGCUGCCGAAGUCUCCUUCCCCACGUAGGAUCAAGGCUUUCCUGGAUAUCAACUGGACCCAAAAACAGGGCCAGAUGAUGGUGCUCUGGAAUGCCGACAAGGAAGCAUCACAAAAGAUUGCCCUGGAUGUCGUCAUCGUGCCUGAGAGCGGAAGGCCCGCUGAAGCAACUCUACACACAAAACUCAUGCUUUUGAAUCAAGCUUACCACUCUAACAUGAAAGUAGUGGUGCCAUUCCUGCUGCAGCGGUACGGAGAGAGAAACAGCAUACACAUGGAGGUACAGACACCCGAGCAGAAGAAAUGGAUGCUUGAGGUCGGUGUUCAGAAACAGGGGAGCAACACCGCCAAUGUUGACCUCACUUUCAAGAGUGUUCACGACAAUAACUACCACCUGACAUCAAGUGUCCAGUGGCAGCUCCUCGACGGCCCACUCUGCUUCGAGGUCCAGACCAGAAUCACAUUCAUUGCUCCGCAAAAUAAGCAGUCACAGUUUGUACUGCAUGUCAAGCACCACAUCUCACCCGAGCAGCACAUCAUUUAUCUCAUGAUGGAAGCCUCGACGCCGAGUAUGCAACCCCCAUUGAAGAUUAUCUUCUCAUUGGAGAACAAGGACUAUUCUUACGUCACAAAGCUUCAAAGCGAAGUCAGCGGUCCUGAGACGCUAUUCCUGUGGCAGCUGGAGACCUAUCCAGAGGGUGGAGUUAAACACUUAAAGAAUGCUAUCGAUCUCACAGCCAUCCACAACGUACUGAAAUCAGUGAGCACCAUUGUUGGUUUGCGAGGAAGCUCACCAUUGGUCACCUCUGCCUAUCGGAAGAGAAACGCCUACAGUUAUCGCUACACAAAUUCUUCCACUGGCAUCCACUCCUUAAUAAUUGAACAGCCGUCCCGCACCGUGGAAGCCGAGGCCACCUACUCUCCUUCUAAGGUGGGCAUCAAGUUCUAUCCGAACAGAACUGAGAGCGAGGCCAAGUAUGAAGUGUCUGGCGAGUACAUCGACAGCUUGUGGGGAGGCAACUCCAAACUGCAGGGCAAAAUGAGCCAUCCGAUGUUGUCAAGGGACAUGACAGCAGUGAUAGAGUAUACAAGGAGCGGUAGUGGUCAACAAGGAUCUUUCGAGUUGGAUGUCUUCCCUGAUGCAGCUGACAAAAUCACUGGUUCCUUAACCUCCGUCCUGCGAGCAAACAAUACCAUCGCCAUCGAGGCUAAUCUUUCUUCUAGGGUGCUGCAGGUGAAGCCUAGAGUGAUGAUGGAGGUCUCCUGGGCAGCUCACACCGCGGCCUUUAAUUUCACCUUCCACGAGACUCCCUCUUCACCAGAAUCACUCAAGGUCUAUGCCAAGUAUGACCGUAUUUCGAAGAAUUACGCAGCUGUGACCUUCCACCUGGCAAGUGAGGGUCGUCCCACGAUGGACGUGUCCGGCGUAAUAGAACCACGCUACGGGCCUCACUGUGAUGGCUUCGCGCUGCUAGCUAAUGCACGUACCUCACUUCUUGGGGACUUCGCUGUCAAUUCGACUGUGUGCAAACCUGUGUUCCUCGAAGUGGUCAUGAAGAAGCAGAAUUCCGAAAACAUCUACAAAGCUGCUCUUGGCCUUCAGUUGCCUUACAAAGCUCAAAUAAGCCUUUCCGAGAGCGACAGAUCCCAAACCUGGGAUAAAUACAUCUCCCUCGUCGAUAUUCAUCUUGCAACUCCACGUCACAUUAAGAUCGACUAUGAGUACAGAGAGAACGAAAUGGCAGCAUUGAAGGAUUUGGUGUUGAAUGACGUGUACCGAAUUACGGAGGAGGUUUUGUCGUGGACGGAUCGCGUGUACGCCGAGAUAGAGCGACAGGCUAGUCAGGCAGGCGUCCCAUUCCCGACUCCUAAAAUCCGUCAGUUGAUGCAGGAGAUUAAGCAAGAGAUUGUGGAGAUUUAUAGAGACUUGAUCUACAAUGACAUUUUGUACGAGUGGAACGCUUUGGUGGAAAUUCUACACGGGCCAACAGCCACCUUCAUCAAAAAGUCCAUUUUCCAGUCAUUGCAAAGCAUGGCACAAUUGCAAAGGGAGUGGGCAGUCUCUAUAGUAGAGCAACUAAAGCAACACUUCAAACCUGCUAUCAACAAGAUCAGUGAAGCUGUGAAACAGGUGGAUCAGUGGAUGCAGACCGGUGAGGAGCCUGAAAUAGUGCGUCGCUUGAUAGAGGAGGUGGAAAGAUCUGCCAUCUACCGCUUACUUCAGACUGAGAUAAUCCAGCCCAUCAAGGAGACGUACCCACAACAGUACCAGGUUACUGUAGACGUUGUUGCUAAGGUCAUAUACACCCUCCGCCAUGACCUGCUCAUGACGAAGCACAAAGUGUUGGCCUCGCCGACACUCAGCAGGGUUAUUCGGAAGAUUGCUGACUUAAGUCAGGAUAACACACUGAGGCAGACGUUGGAAUGGUUGGAGAGCCAAUUGAUGCAGAGCGUUAUCAUCAUCGCCCCAGAACCUGGUGUAUACCACGUCGGGAUUCAAAUUCCACUGUACCGUCCUAUCUACUCCCUCUCUCAAGUUGUGAACAUGACGAUGCAGAUGCAGUCCCCUCUUACUCUCACGGAGAAGAUGCUCCUGUCAGCUGAGGCCUUUAAUCCGAUCUCAGUGAGGAAGAUUUUGGAGACCUAUAAUCGUUGGGUGCCUAGGAACCUGUCCGCAUUGCCACUGUCCUUAAACCAAUCUGCCCUGGUGGUGGGAGACACUGAGAUUCUUACAUUUGACGGUGUUCUCCUCCGCAUGCCUCGCUCAUCCUGUAAGGUGCUACUUGCUUCCGUGCCUGAUGUGGUAUCCAUCUACAUGUCCCACCCUCAGCCCUCACAGGGACCAGAGGUCAUUCUGCAGGCUGGAUCCACCAAGGCCAUCAUCAAGCCUAACAUGGAAGUGGAUGUCAAUGGUCAACAGGUGCACGGGAGGCAGACUGUUGGUGAUUUAGUAAUAGAAGUCAAUCCACACCGUGUGACAGUCGUCUCCCCAAUGCUGGGUGUUCAGUUGAUGAAGGAGCAGCGUGUGGUGAUGGUGAACGCAUCUACGUGGGUCUUUAACCACACCAGGGGUCUCUUGGGACUGUAUGACCAUGAGCGAGCCAACGACAGAAUGAUGAGCAAUGGCAGGAACGCCUCUAGCCUGCACGAUCUAGUGAACUCUUGGCAGGAGAACCCCAACUGUCCCACACCAUCCAUCACUCCAGUCGACCCCAUGCAUGUUCCAGUGAAGGAAAGCGUGCUGUGUGACUUCCUGUUCUUCCAGAUGAGGCCCUGCAUGCCUGUGGUGAGCCCCAAACCCUUUAUGCAGAGCUGCCGCAUUUAUUCUCGUCCCUUUGAAGUAAUUCGCUCCUACCAGACCUUCUGCCGAACUCAAGGUGUCAUGUUUCCGCUCUCUGUUUUCUAAGGACACGGCCUAGAGAAUGACUACUCACAGUAAAGUGUUUUUUAUUUUUUUUCAUAAUGUAAGAAAGCAAAGCGUGUCUUAGAAUUGUGAGACAUGCACAUAAAAAGGAAAAAAAAAGUGUAAACAUAUUAAAUCAAAACAAAUAAAUGUAUUAAUAAAUGCUGCAUUAAC